AGUGUCGUUGACGUCAUCAUCUCGGCGACGCGGAACACGUGGCCCAGACGCGCCGCGGGGAGAGGGGGUGGGCCGGAGGGGGGUUGUUUGUUUCCGGAAGUGCCUCGCUGGGCCUGAGCGGAGAGGCGGCCGCCUUGGCCUGACCCGGCCCGGGGAGGGAGAGGCCGGCCAGGAGCCUGAGCCGCGGGCAUGGAGGUGACCAGGAGCAAUUUUAAGGAUAAUCUCAGCAAAGUUUGUGAAGCUAUUGAAGAGGCGGACUUUUUGGCAAUUGAUGGAGAGUUCUCAGGAAUCAGCGAUGGACCAUCUGUCAGCGCGCUGACCAAUGGCUUUGACACGCCCGAAGAAAGGUAUCAGAAGCUGAAGAAGCAUUCCAUGGGUUUCUUGCUGUUCCAGUUUGGACUCUGCACUUUUAAAUAUGACCUCACGGAAGAAAAGUACAUCAUGAAAUCAUUUAAUUUCUAUAUCUUUCCCAAACCUUUCAACAGAAGCUCGCCAGAUGUCAAAUUUGUCUGUCAGAGUUCAAGUAUAGACUUUUUAGCAAACCAGGGAUUUGAUUUUAAUAAAGUUUUUCACAACGGAAUCCCUUAUUUAAAUCGAGAAGAGGAAAGGCAGCUGCGGGAGCAAUACGAUGAAAAGCGUUCUCAAGCCAACGGUGUGGGGACUUUGUCGUAUGUGUCCCCCAACGCCACCAAGCAUCCCGUGACUAUCCCGGAGGACCAGAAGGAGUUCAUUGAGAACGUGGUAGAACGGAUAGAAGAGCUCUUACAGAAGGAAGAAAGCACAAGCUUGGAACUGGAGCCGUGCACAGGAUUCCAGAGGAAGCUGAUCUAUCAGAUGUUGAGCUGGAAGUAUCCAAAAGGUAUCCAUGUUGAAACUCUGGAAACGGAGAAGAAGGAAAGAUACAUCACUGUCAGCAAAGUGGAUGAAGAGGAGCGCAAGCGUAGAGAGCAGGUCAAGCAAGCGAAAGAGCAGGAAGAACUGAACGACGCCGUGGGGUUUUCCCAAGUCAUUCACGCGAUUGCCAGUUCUGGCAAGCUCGUGGUCGGCCACAACAUGCUGCUGGACGUCAUGCACACCAUCCACCAGUUCUACUGCCCCCUCCCAGAGGAACUCAGUGAAUUUAAAGAAUUAACAACGUGCGUCUUUCCAAGGCUACUGGAUACGAAGCUGAUGGCAAGCACCCCGCCGUUCAAGGAGAUCAUCAGCAACACCUCCCUGGCAGAGCUGAGAAGCGCUCUCAAGGACAAACACUUCAGCCCUCCGAAGUCGGACUCCGCAGAAGGGUUCCCCAGUUACGACACGGCCUCCGAACAGCUCCACGAAGCAGGUUACGAUGCUUACAUAACCGGCCUGUGCUUCAUCUCCAUGGCCAACUUCCUAGGAUCCUUCCUCAGCCCUCCCAAGAAUCCCGUCUCUGCUAGAUCGAAGCUCGUUGAGCCGUUCUUCAACAAGCUGUUCCUCAUGAGGGUGGUCGACAUCCCCUAUCUCAACUUGGAGGGACCGGACUUGAAGCCCAAAAGGGACCAUGUUCUUUAUGUGACGUUUCCCAAAGAGUGGAAGACGAGCAACCUGUACCAGCUCUUCAGUGCUUUUGGUAACAUUCAGGUCUCCUGGAUUGAUGACACGUCAGCAUUUGUGUCGCUUAGGAAACCUGAGCAAGUCCCGAUCGCUGUUAACACCAGCAAGUAUGCAGAAAGCUACCGAAUCCAGACCUAUGCAGAGUACAUUGAGAAAAAGCACGAGGAGAAGAGGCAAGGGAAGAGGAAGUGGACCGAAGACGGCUGGAAGGAAGUGGAGGCCAAGCGGCUAAAGCCACAGGCCAUGCCCCACCUGCUGCAGAACCGUUACUGCAGUUUCACCAGUUUUACAGCUACCAGCGCGGCGGGAAAGAGAAGCAUGAGUCCGAUCCAAGAGGAGAGCGGCUGUGAUGAGGCAGAAGAGGCAGCGCUGGAUGCUCCCUCCGACUCCUCAGAGGAAUCCGCCGCCGAUGAGAGGAGGAAGAAGGCCAAGAAGCUGAAGAGAGCCAAGAGGGAGCAAGACCCGGCAGGGGGCGUCACGAGCGCUUCCUCUGUGGUCUUUGAGGUCCCAGACAUGUGGUAGCCGGCAGCUCUCUCCCCGUGGCAAAGUGGACUUUGGCUCAAAGCGAUCUGUGGCGCGUUCGUGGCCUCAGAAGCCAUACUUCAUGUAAAUAAAGUGGGGUCUAUUUAAAAAAAAAAAUGAAAGAAGCGGAAGGAUGUCUUUUUGGAAAAUCAGUUUAAUUUUUUAAACUCUCUCCUUGAACAAUCAUUGUCGCGGUUUGUGUGCGUGCGUAUAACGCGUUGAUUUUGUCGAUGACGUAAAAUCUUUGCUUGUCUUUAAGUGCUAGAUCUAAAAAGCAAGAUGGGCGUUAAAAGCUUGGAUCUCGAUACGGCAUGUAGCCCACAAAAUCUGCAAAAGGAACCUGUCCGUGUUACAAUUCCUCCCUUCUGCUCCCUCCCUUGUUGGGGAUGCUGACUUCUCACACUGUCAUGCCCACCAGCCUUCAUAACACCAUUCAUCCCCAGCUGUCCCUUAAUGCUUCUUCUCUUGGUUUCCCGCAAAUGCAACGUGUUCUCUGUAGGCGAUCUACAGCCUGACUCUCUUCUCUGCACCCUCCCAAAAUAACAUUAGAGUGACUCAUCUUUGGGGGGAAAUGAUCCUAAACUUCACAUCUGGCAGGGACCGUGGGAGGAGGGUGCCUUCUUCCGGCUUCUGUGUCUGGGUUAGGGGGGUGGUCCUACUUUAGAACACAGAAGGAAACCUGGGGUAUUCAUCAGCCUUCCUUAGUUUAAAGGUAAAAAGGAAUUCGGAUUUGGUAGAUUUCAUAAACUUUAUUUCAUAUUUAACAUUUUUUGUAUCAUGGAACUGAGAAUGAGAAAAAAAUGUAUUUCCAUAAAGUGAAAAUUAAAGAAUUUUUUUCUUAGGAACCAAAAA